AUGCAAAACAUGCCGACAGGAAACAGGAAUGUAAAGGCACCACAGGCCCUCAACCUUUGACUUUGAAGGGCCAAAAGACCUGUAAAUAUGCUUCGGAAGGCGCGGGCGGUACUCGUAGACCUGAGCGGGACACUUCACAUAGACGACACUGCGAUUCCAGGUGCCGUCAAUGCCUUGAAAAGGUUGCGGUCGUCAGGGUUGAAGGUGCGAUUCGUGACAAAUACGAGCAAGGAGUCUUCGCGGGCGCUGCACUCCCGGCUUUUGGACCUUGGCUUUGAGGUGACAGCUGAAGAAAUGUUCAGCAGUUUGGCCGCUACCCGACUGCUGGCCUUCGAACGUGGUCUCAGGCCUCUGUUCCUCGUCGAUCCGGCUGCUGAGGAAGAAUUUGAAGGGCUUGAUUCAAAUCAGCCUAAUGCUGUCCUCAUCGGACUAGCACCAGGGCAGUUUAAUUACCCGAAGCUCAACCAGGCCUUCAGAUUAGUUCUCGAUGGUGCACAACUGAUUGCAAUUAACAAAGGUCGUUAUUAUCAGACCAAGGAUGGUUUGUCUCUUGGUGCAGGUUCGUUUGUUGCUGCCUUGGAGUACGCAACUGGAAAGCAGGCGGAAGUUGUUGGAAAGCCUACCAAAGCCUUUUUCCAGGCCAGUCUGCGAGGACUCGAUGUCCAACCUGACGAAGUCAUCAUGAUAGGAGAUGAUGUGAAGGACGACAUUCUAGGUGCCGUGGAAGCGGGAAUUCAAGGUGUUCUGGUCAAAACUGGAAAAUUCCGACCUGGGGAUGAGGAUAAGCUACCUGAAGGUGCCUUCCUUGCAGAAAAUUUCCCAGACGCCGUUGAUAUGAUUCUGCGAGCUAAGAAAAAUUUGUGAUCUGAGUGUAUUUUUACUGUGUAUUAAUUUAUUUAAAACUGUUGGCUAUCAAAAACAA